AUGCCUUCAGCACAACCACAACUGCCGACACUUGGUGUCAACGGUGACCGGCUAGCGGCAUCCCUCCACGAGAGCUGCCAGUUUGGUGCCGAUCAUCGCUAUGGAAAGCUCUCUACCGAGACUGGCAUGGCUAGACUGAGUCUCGAUGACUCGGACAAGGCCGUGCGGGACUGGUUCCUCAGCAAAGCCAAGUCGCUCGGCUGCAGCACGUCCAUUGACGAAAUGGGAAACUUGUUUGCGAUUCGCCGCGGCAAGAACCCGAAUGCACCCCCGAUCAUGAUGGGCUCACACCUGGAUACCCAGCCAACCGGUGGUCGCUACGACGGCAUCCUCGGUGUCCUGGCCGGUCUCGAGGUCCUCCAAGUCUUGGAGGAAAACAAAGUCGAGACUGAGGGAGCCAUCGGUGUCGUGAACUGGACAAACGAGGAAGGUGCUCGCUUCCCCAAGAUGGCCGUCUCCUCUGGCGUCUGGGCCGGUGCCGUCCCGAUCGAAGACGCCUGGCAUCUCGAAGAGGUGACUCCCCACGAGGGCAAGGCCAAGACCAUGCUACAGGAGCUGGACCGUAUCGGCUACCGCGGCUCCUCGCCGGCAUCCUACAAGUCGAACCCGUUCGCGGCCCAUUUCGAGCUGCACAUUGAGCAGGGCCCUAUCCUGGAAGACGAGGGCCUCAAGAUUGGCGUCGUCCAAGGCGUCCAGGCAUUCAAGUGGUUCACCAUCACCGUCCGCGGCCGCGACAGCCACGCCGGCACCACGCCGCUCUACGCCCGCAAGGACGCCGUCCUCGUCGCCGCGCAGCUCAUCUCCGCCGCCAACGCCGUCGCCAAGACCUUUUCCGGCCUCGCCACCACCGGCAUCUUCCGCGCCGAGCCCGGCACCGUCAACACCAUGGCCCACACCGUCACCUUUUCCCUCGACCUGCGCCACGUGAGCAACGCCGUCCUGGCUGAGAUGGAAGCUGCGUGUAGAGCCAAGUUUGACGAGAUUGCGGAGGGGACGGAAAGGGGCUGCGAGGUCGGCUGGGCGCUGCUGGUGGACAGCCCGGCGGUGGUGUUCCACGAGGACUGCGUGGCAGCGGUGCGGGAGAGCGCGAGGGAGGUUUGCGGGGGACUUCCCGGGGGACAGGGAAAGGAGCUGUGGAAGCCGAUGAUUAGUGGUGCAGGGCAUGAUAGUUGCUAUACGAACUUGCGGUGCCCGACGAGCAUGAUCUUCACGCCGACGCGGGAGGGCAUCAGCCACAACCCGACGGAGUACUGCUCGGCAGAGGAUUGUGCACUUGGAGCGAGUGUCUUGCUGGGUGCGGUGCUCCGAUAUGACAAGCUGCGUGCCGACAGGGGCGACUUUCAGCAGAACUAG